AUGUCAGGCAGCACAGACAGGAAGAAUCAAGGAAUUCUUGAAGCUGUGGCUAAACAAGAUUCAUCUUCAUUAACUGAUGCUGUAGAGCAAGUUGCAAAACAACAACAAUCACAAACAUCAGAAAUAGAAAAAAACAAAAAAAUUCUGUUGGAUUUACAGAAUGAACUUCAUGAGCUUGAAAAACAAAUAAUAUCUGUCUCUGAAGAAGCUAAAGAAACAGAAAGGCAAAUUUAUCAGCAAGAUGUUACCAUAGAGAAUACCAAACUUCACUGUGGAAACCUGGAAACUCAAAUUAGAUCCUUACACACAGAAAAUGUAAAGCUUAAAUUUGACAUAGAAGCAGCGCAAGAAGAGCUUGAGGAACACAUGAUAAGAUAUAAUGAAUAUUAUGCAAAAAUAGAAGCUCAUAAAGAUAGUCUAGGGGAUGUAGAAAGAAAAUGGCCAUUCAUGACUGAACUCCAUGAAAAACGAGAUCUUGUUAAAAAAUUAACAACAAUGAAAGAGGAACUUAUGCAAGAUCUCCAAAAUCCAGAAGGAAAUUGGAUGAAAAAAGUACAGGAAGAUAUUGCAAAGCUAAAGGAUAAAAUUAAAUCUGUAAAAGAAUCUAUCAUUGAAAAAUCUUGUUUUCUUGAGGAAGAGAAACAGACACAUGAAAAAUUAAGAAAAGAAAUAGAGGUACAACAUAAGAGAUAUGGUGCGAUUCUUAAGCGUUUGCAUUGUCAAGUGAACAAGCUUCAGUCAAAUAGAAGACAGUGGCAAUGGAACAUUCAACAACUGGAAAAAACUGCAGCUGAACUAAGAAAACACAUUGGAAUGAAAGAUUAACCAUGGUCAAGGAGUAACGUACAGUACAGUCUAUGUCAACAAGAGUUGUGCCAAAGAAUGUUGAGAAAAUUCUUUGGACUCUUAACAACUACCAUCAUUAUCAAAGAUCUACCAUAGUGACAAAUUUCUCUUUUUUUUUGAAUCAGUCAUGUAUUCUUACUGUAUCUGAAAUUUGGUAAGAGUUUACCUGAUAUAAAAUUGAUAGUGAUAUUCCUUCCUGUAAUUGAUAGUAAUAGAUAGACAAUAGAAAUGCUAAUAGAAGAAUAGUGGAAGACAUUGGAUGAAUAUUUUGAAUGUGUAGCAUAUACUUAGUAUGACUACCUAUUUAUCACAUGUGCCU